ACACGUGCUCGUCAACAAACAACAUGGCUGAACACCGCGUCUCAUGCACUUGAUACAUCCAACGUUUUUCACCCUCCUGACCUCGUUACCACACUUCAACCACCUCGUUGCAUCGUGUGGCAGCUUAGCUAGUGAAUGCUCCGUCGCUACACCCAGAAAUUUGAGUGGAAGAGUGUUUAUUUCACCCGGAGGAGCUGUUAAUAGAUAUAUUGGGGACAAUGGAGGAAGUUAAUAAUACAGGAGGAAAAAAGAAAAAGGAAAAAAAAUCCUUAGGCGAGAUACACCAGGAAACUUCAUUUGCAAUCGAGCCGUCAGCUGUACCGGCAAAAUCCAUUGAUACUUCUCAGUGGCCUCUGUUACUGAAGAACUUUGACAAACUAAAUGUGCGUACCAACCAUUACACUCCACUGCCUCAUGGUUGCUCACCACUAAAGCGUAAUAUUAGUGAUUAUCUUAAAGCUGGAGUCAUCAAUCUUGAUAAGCCUUCCAAUCCCUCCUCACAUGAAGUUGUGGCCUGGAUAAAACAAAUCCUCCGCUUAGAAAAAACUGGACAUUCUGGGACCUUGGACCCCAAAGUAACUGGCUGUUUAAUUGUUUGCUUGGAAAGAUCAACUCGCCUAGUCAAAUCUCAGCAGGGAGCUGGUAAAGAAUAUGUGUGUGUUUUUCGUCUGCAUGAGAGUGUAGGUAAUGAGCUGAAAGUCAGGCAGACAAUGGACAAACUGAAAGGGGCACAGUUCCAGAGACCACCAUUGAUCUCUGCUGUCAAGAGACAACUUCGUGUGCGAACAGUCUAUGAUAACAAACUGCUCGAGUAUCAUCCCGAUUUAAACAUGGGUUUAUUUUGGGUGAGUUGCGAAGCUGGUACCUACAUCCGGACAAUGUGUGUACACCUAGGCCUUCACUUGGGUACAGGAGGGCAGAUGCAGGAGCUGCGGAGAGUGCGUUCAGGUAUACAGGGAGAAAAUGACAAUUUGGUAAAAAUGCAUGAUAUUUUGGAUGCUCAGUGGCUCUACGACAAUCACAAUGAUGAAAGGUACCUGCGGCGGGUUAUUAAACCAUUGGAAUCCAUACUAAUUGGUCACAAAAGAAUUAUAAUGAAGGAUUCUGCAGUUAAUGCUGUUUGUUAUGGUGCCAAGAUUAUGUUACCGGGUGUACUACGCUAUGAAAAUGGUAUAGAAUUAAAUGAAGAAAUUGUUGUUAGUACUACAAAAGGAGAAGCCAUAUGCAUAGCCUUAGCAUUGAUGACCACAUCGACUAUGUCAUCAUGUGACCACGGUGUUGUUGCUAAAAUUAAGAGGGUCAUUAUGGAGAGAGAUACUUACCCUCGCAAGUGGGGUUUAGGUCCUAAGGCUAGCAUGAAAAAAACCAUGAUUAAGGAUGGAACAUUAGAUAAAUAUGGCAAACCAAAUGAGAACACUCCAGCAGAUUGGUUACAUAGUUACGUUGACUAUAAUGCCAAAAAUGGUAAGCAAGAUUCCGAUCAGCGGGGCCAACCAGCAGGUGUUAAAGUGGAACCUGGAGCUUCAUCAAAAAAGCGCAAGCUGAGUGAAGGAUCCGAGGCCUCCACCACGGAAGCAGGUGCGGAGGACACUUCUACUGCUGAUCCUUCACUAAAGAAGAAAAAGAAGAAGAAGAAAAAGAAGAAGCUUGAAGAACAAGGUGGAGAAGAAGCAACUGAAAUAAAGCAAGAGGUUGUAGAGGAAUUACCAGAAGAGGUUGGUGAGAAGAAGAAAAAGAAAAAGAAGAAGAAGAAGGACGAACAAGAUGAGAAUACUGUACGUUGAGCAAUAUAGUCAUUAGUAUUUUAAUCUUUAGUAAAUGGGGACUGUAAACUGCAAUGGAUGUCAAAGUUCUGGUGCUUAAAAGUUGUUUGAAAGAUUUCAUUUUCUUUUGAGAAUGUUGCCUGUGCUUUCUUAAGUUAUGCAGUUAUGUUGAAUUAUCUGAUUAGUUUCUAAAUCAUUAAGAGCCUAAUUGUGCCAUUAGACUUUCAUUUCCAAGUUAGGUUAGGAAUUAUUCUUGUACGUCCACUUCCAGCUUACUGUCACUCAUAUGCUCAACUCAUUAAUUGCCUUGGGCCAUUGAACUUCUCUACAAGCCACAGGUAGGAGAACAUUGGCCACUGUUGGAAAUGUUGGUAAUUUUGAAUAUCUAGUUCUUAGGCUGUGUCUGAAGAUUUUUGUAAGUAAUGUUGACCGUUUAUAUAAUUUGGUAUUAUACCAUACAGUUUCAUAGUAAAUUUUUGCUGUAUUUUGUCACCUGGUUGUGAUAGAACUAACUUUUCAAGGUUGUUAUGUCUUUGGAAAGCCAAGUGCCCAAUUUUUCAAGAGGCUUAUCCCUUCAAAACUAUUACAAGAAAAUGUGUAGAUUGAGCUUUCAGUCACUAAUGGAGAAAGCUUUUCACUGAUACCGUUAUAGAAGAGCAUUUUAGUGACUUAAGUGAAGUGUCUAGUAUCUUGUGCCCAUCUUUGUGUACAUAAGCUCAUUGUUUGUGUAUGUAUUUCCAAAAUAGUUAACUACAAUUUGUAGGCAUUUUUUCCUAUAUGGAACCUGGCAGGCUAAAAACUGUUAUUUUCUUCUAUGUUAUUUAGUUCUUAAUGUUUUAUGGACUGAUCGCCCCAUUUAUCCUCUGCACAAAUAGGUUGCCAAGGUAUAUUUCAAAAGAACCAGCGUACCUUCAUCUCUAUAUUUUUAAGAAUUUUUCUAAUUGUUUUUAUAGCAGGGAUCCCCAACCUGCGGGCCACAUGUGGCCCUUCUAGAAAAUGAAUGCGGCCCUCACAUGAAAUUAUGAGUUUACUUUUAUGUUGGUUCCACACUGCACAGUGUCAACAAAACCAUGUGGCUCUCAUUGCACAUUUGACCAUCAACUAUGACUCACUUGUGUAGGAAAGUUGAGGAUCACUGGUUUAUACUAUUUAAAUAUAAUUUUAUCUCCGAGCUGCAGUUGAGUAUCUUAAUCUAAAUUCUUCUUGUUCAGUUUAUCUUAAGUAAAAAUUGUAUUGUAAAGAGAAACCAUCUUUAAAGUAUAGUCUUCCCCAUUUAUGUUUAAUUUGUCAUAAUGUGACAGGAUUUUUAAUUUUUAUAGUUUACCAUCUUGGGUAAUGCUGUAUGUUUUUCUUAACCUAGUCAGCAAUCUGUUGUGCAUAGGAGUUCAUGAAGAAAACUAUUUUUUUUUUUUUUUGUUAUUUACUUGGGUGGCAAGUACAAUUGCAUGUGCAAAAUGUGUGUGUGUGGAUGUUUGAAAAAAUAUCCUUUAUGUGCCAGACAUGGUUGGAAAGUUAUUAAAAAAAUUAUUCUAGCUGUAAUAUUAAAAAGCCACUUUAUUGUGCAUAAUGUCAAGCGUUACUGUUGAAAUGCAUGAAAUAGCUUCAUGUAAUGCAGUACUCCGAAAUAGCAUGGAAUCUAAUGGCAUUUUGAAGGACAAAAAUUCACCCGUGUUUCACUUACGAACAUUAGUGCAGCUUUCUCAACCUGUCUGGAUUGAGCUGUGUUCAUGGUGGCCUCUUCAGUGAUAUGUGAUUGGACCACAUAAUAUUAAGAAGUUUUUAAUAAAACUUAAAUUCCAA